GGUAGAUCAAGCUAGAUGAAAAAACGACGACACAGUUCUCCGGCGAAUGUUCUCUGUCCUUUUCCUCAUAAAUAAAAGCUCUCAGAUUCACAAACUCAAAGGAGGAUUAGGACGAGAACGAAGAAGAGAACUCACUUAUUCUACCGUCGGAAUUAGAAUUCUCUGAAGCGCUUGAAUUUGUAGAGCAUUUCCAGUUUAAGGAUCGGAAAAUAUGGAUAGUUUUAUCAGUAAAAUACGAAGUUUGGAUGCAUAUCCCAAGAUCAACGAGGAUUUCUACAGCAGAACACUUUCCGGAGGUGUUAUUACCUUAGCUUCGUCCAUCAUCAUGACUUUGCUUUUCAUUUCCGAGCUCCGAUUAUAUCUGCAUGCUGUCACUGAGACAAAGCUUGUUGUGGAUACUUCAAGAGGAGAAACACUGCGCAUCAAUUUUGAUAUCACCUUUCCAGCACUUCCGUGUUCAAUUCUCAGUGUUGAUGCCAUGGAUAUCAGUGGAGAGCAACAUCUUGACAUUAGACAUGACAUCAUCAAGAAAAGAAUUGAUGUUCUCGGAAAUGUUAUUGAGACAAGGAAGGAGGGCAUUGGUGCUCCUACGAUUGAUAGGCCUUUGCAAAGGCAUGGAGGAAGACUUGAACACAACGAAACAUAUUGUGGUUCCUGCUAUGGUGCUGAAGGGUCAGAUGAUCAUUGUUGUAACACCUGUGAAGAUGUUCGUGAGGCCUAUCGAAAGAAAGGUUGGGCAUUGACAAACCCAGAUGAAAUCGACCAGUGUAAAAGAGAGGGUUUCCUAGAAAAGAUAAAAGAGGAAGAAGGUGAAGGAUGCAAUAUGUAUGGGUUCUUGGAGGUCAAUAAAGUGGCUGGAAAUUUCCACUUUGCACCUGGGAAGAGUUUUCAGCAGUCAAAUGUUCAUGUCCAUGAUUUGCUCACAUUUCAGAAGGAUAGUUAUAAUAUUAGUCACAAGAUCAAUAGAUUAACUUAUGGAGAAUACUUCCCAGGUGUUGUGAAUCCUCUUGAUGGUGUGACAUGGACACAAGAAACACCCCACGGCAUGUAUCAGUAUUUUAUCAAGGUGGUACCUACAGUAUAUACAGAUGUCAGUGGGCAUACCAUCCAGUCAAAUCAGUUCUCUGUAACUGAACAUUAUAAAGGCGCGGAUUUUGGCCGUUUUCAGUCUAUUCCUGGUGUUUUCUUCUUUUAUGACCUUUCACCAAUCAAGGUGACAUUUACUGAGCAACACGUGUCAUUCUUACACUUCUUGACGAAUGUCUGUGCUAUAGUUGGAGGUGUUUUCACUGUGUCAGGGAUACUUGAUUCAUUCGUAUACCACGGUCAAAAGGCGAUUAAGAAAAAGAUGGAACUUGGUAAAUUUAGCUGAUUGGUGUUGCUCUUACUUGGUGUUGCUUACCGUGACAGAAUCGCUCUAGGCAAGGGAGACAAUAGGGUUGGACCAGCUGUGACAAGGUUCAACUAACUUUUGCAUUACAGUAGCUAUUCUUGAGAUAAAUUGAUCGGAUCUUAGUAGCUUUUUUCUAUUGUGUUCUUGUAGACUUUGAGAUCAGUUUUUCUGCUAGUGAUAUUACAGGAAAUCAAAUGCAAAGAAGAAGGGGAAUUGUUUAAGGGGUAGAAUUUGUUCACUUUAAAGAUAACUUAAAAAUUGUACAUGGGGAAUUCCAAGGAUUGAGAGGAACCUCAUUGGACCAGUGGAAACAUUUCCUUUUUUUUUCCCCUGCCCUUGGUGAGUCUUUGAUCAGAGGCCCUUAGGGUGCAAGGGAGUAGAAGAUCCUAAUGAAAAUUGGAAUUUACACCUAUCAUUAAAUAUCUCGUGUUUUUGUGUGUG